CUAAAGUAAACUGACGGUAAUUUGGUCAGCGACAGCGCUGAGCUUCCAUCAUUCCCAGACCCAACUCUUGCAAUCCCAGCCCCCUCUGCAACCCGACAUCAAAUACCCAAACAACAUGAUACUGCUUGCUUGAAGUCGAGAUCUGUGCGACCCAGACCUUGACUGGCCUCUCCUGGCCACACUCCCACCUUGACAACCAAAACGGACACCCGCCUCCCGGUGGGAACCUGUAUUUGCUGCAAUGGACGACUAUCCAGCCUGCAGCCUGGAUCACAACAUUCCGCAUGUCGUCCUACUAGGCCUUUCGAGUGAAUCCUCGCCCUCUCCACUGCCAUCCGAUCUCAAGGAGCAAGCUGUUCUGAUUCGAUCCGGCGUCUCCUAUCUCGAGACAAAGCAUGGCGCUGCCCUCCUCGACUACAUUCUCAGCCGAGAUGCCUCACACUUGCCUUGGAAUGGAAAACAUGCCACCUACAGGUUUCGGGUCAGGUCUGCAGGGAAUUCAAUACUGCUGCCUCCACGCAAGGCCAGGUUACCGGAUGAGAUUGCUGAUACACAGCCUCCCGGCGUGCUGCAUUCUCCAUUCUCACCUCUGAGCCCUGCCUGUCCCCUUUAUCCCGAUGGAAUACUCGAUUCAAGCUGGCUGAUAAAGCAGCAAGAUCUCGUCCCGAGUGUGCUGCUGUGCUUUUACAACCUCACACCUGACCCGACUCUGGCAACUUUGCACGACAACCAGAUCAAGUCGGACAUCAGCUCGUUACGUAAUGGACUCUCACAACAAGGCUAUAAGUUGCGGGUGGUGGCCGUCAUUUUGAGCGAUCUGCGGACAUCGUCGUUGGAUGGGACGCAGGAGCGACUAGAUAACAUAAGAAAGGGUUCCCAGCUCGACAGCAAAACCUUCUUCUACAUGCCGUCGGCGUAUUCUCCGGAGGAGGCACGUAAACAGGCAGACGCCAUGCUUACCGUUGUUUUUGGACAUGCUGUGGAGUAUUAUCGAGAUCUCGGGAGGCGUGCACGGAAAAAGAAAAGCCGCGGCGUCGUGCCUCGACCAACGGUGCCUCCAACUACUGGCACUUCGCAGACCACUUCCCUUCCAGGCUGGAACGUGAGGUACGACUUCAAAUCGGCUGUUUUUGCAGAGUUCCGCCAGGAAAUGGACCAGGCGCUGCGCUCGUUCGAGCAGGCUUACGAGACCCUGACCGGGCCAGAAGUCAUGGAGAUGAUACCAAGUUGGACCGCUAGAUGGAACGAGGCACGCCAGAUUGCGGAUAUCAUUGCGUUUCGCUGCCUGAGAUGUAUGCUAUGGAACGGCCAGACCACGGCGGCUGUGCGGAGGUGGCAGGCUCACCGUAGUCGAAUUAGCGAUCUGGUGAACCGCAGAGGCCGCGGUACAGAAAACUACGGCUGGUCGGCAUGGGAAGCUCGAUGGGCCACCAUGAUGGCGCAGUUGAUUGACAAGGUCAAAUUUCCUGAACUGUCCUCGUCCUCGCCGCUGAUAUGUUUGCAGCCUGAAAAGACUGCCAUGGGGGAACGUCUCCAGCCUUGGGAAUUGCUCCACCACCCUGGAUAUUGGCACAGAGAAGCUUCGCGCCACAUGCGCCGAAGACGGGCGCAUGCCUUGGCCAUCCCAGAGGAUGACAGAAAGUUUAUGGACCCAGCAUCCAGAAGGAAAACCACAGCUGGGGCCUUUUCCCACGAUACCUACAUGUGCCCGGAACCAUCAGAAGAAUACCCUCUGGAACCCAACAGUGGCGGUGUCAACCACACCAAGCUCAUUGUGCAAUGUCUGGACGCAGCCAAGGAAGAGUUUGGAAAGCGAGGGCAGGCAAGGCUGUAUGCAGACCUGUCACUGGAGAUGGCGAGAGAACUUAUCUCUGUAAAGCAGUGGAAAGCCGCUCUGCGCCUUCUCAAACCCAUCUGGUCCGAAAUGUUGUUCAGGAAAGACGGCUGGGUUGAUGUCAGUGAGGAGCUGGCGUGGCUGCUUCGCGCAGUUGCUCAACAGCAAGAAGAUGCCGAUCUGCUCAUUUCUGUUGAUUGGGAGCUACUUAACAACAAGUAUACGCCACGAACAAACUGGCAUUACGACCUCUCCAAGUCGUUGGAGGGUUUGUCUCUAGGCGAGAAGCCGUCGGUUGUGAUUUCUGACGACUCGAGCCUACCACUCCUCACAACAUCUUUCAUAUUUCGCACUGAAGAAGGGAACGCUGGCCGCGCAUGUCUAGCUCAGCUUUCGAUCAAGUCUAAUGCGGCUCCAAUGUCUGCGCCGUUGGUUUUGAGCAGCUUGCAGAUCGUCUUUGAUGGCAGCAUCAAGACUGUGCAGCUUAAGCACGAUGCGGGCCAGGAAACAAAAACACAGAAUGGCAACGUAAAGAUAUCUACAGUGACUCUCCGCGAAGAGACGAUGCAAUCUAGCGACCCAGACACUGGGGCCUCGGCCAGCAUCUCCUUGCUGGUUGGCAGCUGUGACCUCACUCUACUUCCUGGACACACCAUGGUAUAUGAAAUGGGCGUUGUCCUGCGAGAACCUGGCGAGGCUAAAGCUGCGUCUACUACCUUGUCAUUGUCGACCGAGACAUUCGGCCUUGACUGCAUAGUUCGGCAUAGAGACUCUGGUGUUGCUGGUUUAUGGUACUCUCAGGACGGUAAACCAAGGAAGAUUCACCGAGUGAAUUCUCACACGGUCCGCAUCCUACCGCGUCCACCAAACGUCGAUAUCAAAGUAAACAACAUCAUGGAUCAGUAUUACACAAAUGAGGCGAUUGAGUUGGAAUUUGAGAUUAUCAACGCUGAGGAUGCCGACGCACAGCUCGAGGUUGGAGUUGUCAUUGCUGGACAGGAGCCCCCUGCGUUUAGGGUUACAUCAGGCGGCGAUAUUGAUGUCUCUGCUACAGACAUCAAUUCUGCAGACGAUUCUCGACAAGUGACGGCGCCUCUAGGUCUUGUCCCGUCCACUGGUAUUGUCAAGGGUGUUAUCCACAUUGAUCCUAUGGAUUUUUCCACAACCUACGAGCUGGCCAUUUCGGCUUCAUAUAGUCUCGUCACCGACCCGGAUACUCCAGUGAUUCAAACCAUGGACUUCAGACUUGAACUCGUCAACCCUUUCGAAGCCAACUAUGAUCUGUUGCCUCGCCUCCACUCAGACCCCUGGCCAAGCAUUUUCGAUCACGAAGGCGUCCAAGCCUUGUUUGUCGACGAUGACACUUACCAUGUUCAACCGCGCGGCUUAUGUCAGACGUGGUGCCUGGUCACUCGUUACGCAUCUUUUGCGAGCGAGGAUCUGAAAGUGGCGGGCGUGGCCGUCUCGAUAUCGCCUGGUCCAGAUGUUCAUACUCGCAUCUCUGAAGCCAACGAGUUUCCCAGUGAAGGGCUGCUGGUCAAGCCCAAGACCAUUGAAGAGGUCAAGUUUGACAUUACGGCGCAACGGUACAGCCUCGAUGAGCGGGAUCCAUUGAGCCUAGACGUUACCUUUAUGAUCAGCUGGCGACGUCCAUCCGACUCGGAUGAUCAUGUUAACAUAACCAAGCUCCCGGUCCCGCGAUUGGGUAUCUUUGGAGCCGAGCCUCGCGUCCUCGCAACCGUGGCAUACCCGAAGAUGGAAAGCAUGGGCGAUAUGGUGCAGCUCGACAUUAUGAUUGAAAACGCAUCGAAUCACUUCCUGACUUUUGGCCUCAAUAUGGAGCCAAGUGAGCAGUUUGCCUUUUCAGGCCCCAAGCUUGUUACGACGCACCUCUUGCCGGUCUCCAGGCGCAAGGUGACUUGGCGGCUAGUACCGCUAGUCCGUGGCGUCUGGGUCAGGCCCAACUUGACAGUCAGGGACAAGUACUUUCAGAAGCUGCUCAGGGUCAUCCCGACCGCUGGAAUGAAGCUCGACAAGGAGGGAUUUUUGAUAUGGAUCCCACCCUUGGCAGGACAGGAGCAAAAGGGAGAGGCCGGGGGCAGUGGGAGCGAAGAAGCCUGAUGCUUUACUAGACUUGCGACGGUGGAAACAAGCCACGAGAAUGAUAUGUGAUGACACGGCCGCGAGCGAAUCUGUUUGAGAUAUCCAAGAUCAGCUAAUAAAUAUGCCCAGCGCCAAAAGCGCACCGCAAAAAGUAUUUAUCCAUCACAUAUAUACGAGCGCUAUAUGCAUGCCUGAAAGCUGUACUUCUUCCUUCUCUUACAACUUUGGGUUCCCAGGCUUGGGGAUCAAAGACAAUAGCUGCUCAUUCAUGGUACACUUUUCCGGGCCGGGCUUGCGCCACCACGGCUCAAGCUCUCGCAACUCCUCUUUCCUCCAGCGUUCAAUCUCAGGCCCGAUCCAAGCCGCCGCCUGCUCCGCGCAGACGCCCGGCCUGUCCAUGGCCACUAGAUGCCCGACGUCCUCGAUAACAUACUCGGCCACCCGUCCGGCCGCGGCCCCACCGCUGCCGCCCAACCCGACGCCCGUCCUGGCCAGCUUGUCGCGCCGCGCCUCGGGCCUGCUGACGUCGCUCGUGCCGCCAACCACGUAAAGUAGGCUCGGGGCGACGUUCGGCAGCAUGUCGUAGAUGCGCGAGCUGCCGGGCUGGUAAAACGGGCCCUGGUCUGCAUCGCCGCGCCUCUCGAGCGGCAGGUCCCGCAGCCGCGACUCGUCCAGCACCAGCGUCGUGCCGUCCUCGGCCAGCCGCUGCGCCUUGGUGCGGAAGUAGGUGAAGCACUCCUGGUGCUUGGUGGUGGCAAGCGUGACGGAGCCGGCAGGCGCGUCCGGGUACAAGGCGGUGGGGCAGUCGCGCAGGCCGUGCUGCACCCACGCAUCCAGCACGCGCGGGUCCCAGGCCCGGUAAAAUGGGCUCUUGGCGAAGGCGGCUGCGGCGGCGGCGCGCGAGGGCCAGAGGUCGCGCCGGGAGGAGGACAGCGUCAUGGGCAUGGUGGCGCCCGACGCGCUGCUGAAGACACCGAUGACGGGGUCAAGGAGGACGAUGCUCUGCAGCAGCCGCGGGUGGAGCAGCGACAGGCCGGUGAUGAUGGCGCCGCCGAAGGAGUGGCCGAUGCCGACUAGCGGCCGGGGCAUGGAGUCCCGGAAGUGGUUUACCAUGUGCAGGAGAUCGCGCUCGGCGUCGGCCCAGGAUGCUGGUGCUGUGUUAGUUUUUGGCUCUGUACCUUGUUUGGAGCUGGGUACAGGUCUUUCGGAGACUUACGGUCAUUGCCGAGCUUGCCCUCGUUCAGGAUGCCGCUCUGGCCUUGCCAUGCCACGUCUGUGAUCCAUAUCGAGCGGAUCUUGAAGCCGUGGACUGUACAUUUUGUGAGGAGCUCCUCCCAUAGCGCCUCAUACAGUUCCUAAGCGGCUGUUAGUAACUGGUUUUUAUAGAGAACAAUUCACAGAGAAUGUAUCCUCGUAUAAUUUCAAAUAAUCAAACUAUAUCCAAGCACUCACCUUGGGAAAGCCA